CGCGCCGCCGCCGUGCCGCCUCCUCCUCUUUAGUCUCCGUGCCUGCGUCCAAACUGUAGUGCCGUGUUUUGACAGUUUUCGUCUCUCGGACGAUUUUUGCGAUUCGGCCGGCCGCGUCCAAGCCAAGUUUGCGGUGCCAAGUGGGCCGUGUUCGAGUGCGUGUCAGUCAAGUGCAACAAGCAUGGGCAAUAUCUACACCGUCGGCCCCAACGAGGCCCUCAUUGUCUCAGGAGGAUGCUGCGGCUCGACCAAGAAGACGACCAUAGUUGGAGGGUGGGCCUGGGCAUGGUGGCUCGUCACAGACGUCCAGAGACUUUCAUUGGAGGUGAUGACUCUGAAUCCGAUGUGCGAACAAGUGGAGACUGCGCAGGGCGUGCCCCUGACGGUGACUGGGGUGGCCCAGUGCAAGAUCAUGAAGGCCGAGGAACUUCUGCAAACAGCCUCUGAGCAGUUCCUCGGCAAGUCCAUCAAGGAAGUCAAGAUGACCGUUCUGCAGACACUCGAAGGCCACUUGAGAGCCAUCCUAGGAACUCUUACCGUGGAAGAGGUGUACAAAGACCGGGACCAGUUCGCGGCGCUGGUGCGCGAGGUGGCGGCGCCCGACGUGGGCCGCAUGGGCAUUGAGAUCCUCUCGUUCACCAUCAAGGACGUGUACGACGAUGUGCAGUACUUGGCCUCCCUCGGAAAGGCGCAGACGGCCAACGUCAAGCGCGACGCGGACAUCGGCGUCGCCCAGGCCAACAGGGACGCUGGAAUCAGGGAAGCAGAUUGCGAGAAAUCUGCGAUGGACAUCAAGUACAACACGGACACAAAAAUCGAGGACAACUCAAGGAUGUACAAACUGCAAAAGGCCAAUUUCGACAAGGAAAUCAACACGGCUAAAGCCGAGGCUCAAUUGGCCUACGAGUUGCAAGCGGCCAAAAUCCGGCAGCGAAUCCGAAACGAAGAAAUCCAGAUCGAGGUUGUCGAGAGACGCAAACAGAUCGAAGUCGAGCAGCAGGAGGUGCAGAGAAAGGAAAGGGAGCUUUCGUCGACCGUGCGCCUCCCUGCCGAAGCUGAGAGCUACCGCGUCCAGAUGAUUGCUGAGGGCAAAAGAACGCAAACUGUUGCCGUGGCGCAGGCGGAAGCAGAGAAAAUCAAAAAGUUGGGAUCGGCCGAGGCUUAUGCCAUCGAGGCGGUCGGCAAGGCCGAGGCCGAGCGGAUGAGAAUGAAGGCGGCCGUUUACAAGCAGUACGGAGACGCGGCCAUCAUGUCACUGGUGCUCGAAGCACUGCCAAAGAUUGCCGCUGAGGUUUCGGCUCCGCUGGCCAAGACCGAGGAGAUUGUGCUUCUCGGCGGCGACAACACAGGCACAGGAGAAAUUGCGCGGUUGGCUGGCCAGCUGCCCCCCGCAAUCCAGGCGCUAACUGGAGUGGACGUUUCAAAGGUCCUAAGCAAAUUGCCUGGCGCCAAGUAAGCCGAGCAGGCGCUACGUACAAGCAUUAUUCACCAACACAGCUCUUUUUUCACAUCAAUCUCAGAUCUGAGCUACUGAUCUGAACCCUAAGUUUCAAAAAACAUGUAUAAAAAGGAAGAUUGAAGCCCUCCAGAGUUACGUCGCAUCGCUAAUUUACUUUCCGCGAAUUCAAUCUCUCUGUCAAUGAUUUGAGCAAGUUCUGUUAAUUAAACUUGAGGUACCUGCCUUGAAAGCCAUUCACUGCGUUAACUGUAAUAAUUUCCGCAACGUUCCGAAACAAUAUAUAAUGCAAUUAUUGUAUACAACCAUAAUUCAUCGAACUUCUUUGAAAAAGCAAGUCCCGAUUUCUUUCUGUUGAAGCACAAGAGGAUUUUCACGGCCUUUAUUUUGAGGAACCAGUGAGGUGUAACAAGGUAGUUGUAGGUCUCUCAACCUGAGCCGAUGUGUUCACUAAAAAAGAAAAUUGAAAAUUAAAAACGAACGAUGCAUUUUGAUCAAAAUUGGCGAAUUGCUGUUCUUUACUCUCAAAUCAACCUUUCAAAAUAAAUAAAUGGCACUCUCAGCAAUUCGUUUGGCAGGAUGAUUAUUGUUGUCCUAUUAAAUUUGUUCCGACAUGUUUUUGUUCUUAAACAUACCAGGGUGCCUCUCACAUAGAUGGAUGAAAUUUUAAAGUAAAAAACUUUUGAUAAUAUCUCACUGCAGAUCUGAAUUCUCUCGUCGAUGUGCAACCAAAAUUAUGAAUGUCAAAUUUGUCGCUACAUGAAAUCUUAAAAACAGAUGUGCUACAUUUAGGCAGUGUGUUGUGCAUAUUUUUGUACUCUUAUUGGAUUAAGUUUAUUAAUUUUGUUUCUAAACAAACAAAUUAUUAUAUAUCAUUUCGUAUAUUCAACAUUAACAUUAAAUAUAUAUAAAAAGUUAUGUUAAUUACUAACAGGAAAUGGAGGAUUGAAUGACGAAAUGGAAUCUGGCUUUUAUUCAACAGCUUUGUUGGAUUUUUUUAAUUUGAAAAAUUACUCUUGAAUUUUAUGUAAAAGACAGUAAAUGAGUAAAAAACUAUCCAUUGAACUCCGUUUCCAUUUCGUCUCAAAUUUUUCCUCGGGUGCCCAUUUUUUCACUCAAAUAUGAGAUUGCAGUUUUAUUAUUGAAUAAAAAAUAUAGUUGCCACAUGAUUGAAUCACAAGUACAAGUGUUAAAUAGUCAUGCUUUUGAACAACAGAAUCUCUCUUAAAAAGGAAAUUCUGAUUGUGAGUUGAGGAAUUAUUGUUGUUUGAAAAACUGUGCUGGCUUUUUAAAGUUUUAUCCUGAGAGUAGGAAAUCUGAAUUUUGUGUUUUAAUUUUUCUUCGAAGGAUUUGUAAAACCAACAAGGCAAGAAGUGUUGAAUUAAUGUAUAACCAAUCACCCCUUUUCUGUUUUGCAUAGAUAUUACAUUAUUGAGUGUGUUUUGCAUGGCACAAUAUAAAUGGACAUAAUUUGGCAGCGAUUCCGGUGCCGAUCUUUGAAAUUGUUUGUUUUGCGGUCAAAUUAACCUUUAAGAAGAAAAAAUAAUGAGAAAUUUAUGAAAAAAGUGUAUAUUAAGACAAAGCGCACGUGUGCAGUCUAUCUUUCAAAUCGAGCAUACAAAAUAUGUCUGUGUGUGUGGAUUCGAGCUGUGUGUAUAAAAGCGGCAUAGCUCUGAUUGUAACCCCCGCCUCACCGUAAUAAUAAUAAGAAGAAGAAG